AGACAGAAGUGUGUGCGGACGUAUCGUCAUGAAUAUCAAUCAUAAAAGUGAUUUGAAACUCAGCAAAACUGAGAAGAAGUUCUUACGGAAACAGAGUAAAGCCAGGCAUGUGUUGCUGAAGCAUGAAGGCAUCGAGGCGGUGUCCUAUGUCACACAGAGCCUGGUUGUUGCCAAUGGUGGUCUGGGUAAUGGCGUGAGCAGGAAGCAGCUGCUGCUGGCUCUGGAGGAGUGUGGAUCUGUGGAGGCGCUCUUAAUGCCACCCAACAAGCCCUAUGCCUUUGUGAGAUACGGCACCAUUGAGGAAUCCAGGAAAGCCUAUGCUGCCCUCAAUGGAAAAGAAAUAGCGGAUGAUGCGGGGCAGAAGAUCGUCUUGUACUUGAAUUUUGUGGAAAAAGCACAGUGGGAAAACGUGGGGCUUCAGGCCUUACCUCCAGGUGUCAUGAUAGUGGAAGAUAUUAUUUCUUCUGAGGAUGAGAAAAUGCUUUUGGAAAGUAUUAAUUGGACAGAAGACACAGACAGUCAGAACUUUCAAAAGUCUUUAAAACAUAGAAGAGUAAAGCAUUUUGGCUACGAAUUCCACUAUGAGAGCAACAAUGUGGAUAAAGAGAAGCCUUUACCUGGGGGUCUUCCUGACUUUUGCAAUAGCAUUUUGGAGAAAUGGUUGAAAGCAGGUUACAUUCAACAUAAACCUGAUCAGUUGACCGUAAAUCAGUAUGAACCUGGGCAUGGAAUUCCUGCUCAUAUCGAUACACAUUCAGCGUUUGAGGAUGAGAUCGUUUCUCUCAGUUUGGGGUCAGAGAUUGUUAUGGAUUUCAAGCACCCAGAAGGUAUCACGGUGCAAAUUAUGUUGCCUCGUCGGAGUUUGCUGGUGAUGACUGGAGAAUCUAGAUACCUUUGGACCCAUGGAAUCACACCCAGGAAAUUUGAUACCGUCCAAGCAUCUGAACGGCAUAGAAGUGGGAUAAUCACCAGUGACAUUGGAGACCUGACUUUAAGCAAGAGGGGAGUCCGGACAUCAUUCACGUUUAGGAAAGUGAGGCGCACACCUUGCAACUGUAGUUAUCCUUUGGUCUGUGACAGCCAGAGGAAAGCGACUCCUCCCUCGUUUCCGUUUCCAGAGAGCGAUAAGGAAGCAUCACAGCUGGAGCGAGAGCACGUCCACCAGGUGUAUGAGGAGAUCGCCGGGCACUUCAGCAGCACGAGGCACAGCCCCUGGCCACACAUCGUCGAUUUCCUGAAGGCUUUGCCAAGUGGUUCCAUAGUGGCUGAUGUUGGCUGUGGAAACGGAAAGUACCUUGGCAUCAAUAAGGAGCUAUACAUGAUCGGGUGUGAUCGCAGCCGAAACCUUGUGGACAUUUGUAGAGAGAGGCAGUUUCAGGCCUUUGUCUGUGAUGCGUUGGCAGUUCCGGUCCGCAGUGAGUCUUGCGAUGCCUGCAUCUCCAUUGCUGUGAUUCAUCAUUUUGCAACCGCUGAGCGUAGAGUGGCAGCUCUCCGAGAACUUGCUCGCCUCUUGAGACCUGGUGGGAAGGCACUCAUUUAUGUCUGGGCAAUGGAACAAGAAUACAGAAAUCAGAAGUCCAAGUAUCUUAGAGGAAACAGAAGAAGUGAAGGAAAUAAAGAAGAGACAAGCAGUGAAACAUCCACAUCCAUGCAAGGAUUGCUUGUAAAUGAAGAAUCUGUUGGGUGCAGUAAAGACCCAGCAUUGUCUGUCCCCGUCAUUAAUGACAUUACUGAGGGAGGGUGUAAGUCAAGGAAAGUUACUAAUUCUGGGCUACCUAUCCAUACCAAUAGGACGUCUUUUCAUUCUCAAGAUGUGCUGGUUCCCUGGCACCUCAAGGGAAACCCUGGUAUAGACAAAACAGUUGAGCCAUUUGGCCCAGUAGGAUCCCCUAACCCAAGCCCUGUGUUUCAUCGUUUCUACCAUGUGUUCUGUGGUGGUGAAUUAGAAACUGCCUGCCAGGCUCUGGGUGAUGUAAGCAUUCUGAAAAGCUACUAUGAUCAGGGAAACUGGUGUGUUAUUCUUCAAAAGGUCUGAGUAUUUCUAUGAACACAUCAUAUGUAGAGAAAAAAAUAUACCUAACUGCUUCUUUUAGAGGAGACUAAAUGAUCUCCUUAAUUAAUGAGAAGACAUAAAAAAGAGUACCAAAAGAGAGCUGAGAAAUGUGGGAUUAGCGAUUACUUAGGAAAUGUCUGCCACUCUUGGCUGACUUCAUAAAUGUAGGUUCUGCUUACAUCCCUAGGAUGGAUUUUAUAAGUAAUUGAAGUAAUUUGUGAAAGGUUUGGGAUCUUUGUGUAAGUGUAUUGUAGUCUGAAGAUAACUCUUGUGGUUAAAGAUCCUAAAGCAUGUGGGAUCUUAAUGAAGUGAUUAUGUAGCAUUUUAACAAAGUAAAUAUUCCUGGGCAUUAGGAAAUGACCUGAAGUUUAUCUGCAGCUGUUCACUUCACAGAGUCACAAUGAUGUUCUCACUACAUCUUACUAUCACAGAACAUAGCACAUCGCAGACACUCAGUGAAUCCUGAUCAAAUGGUGCCCAUCUAUUAAUGGGAGCUUCAGUCAACAAGUAUUCAGUAAGACCCUACAUCUACCAAGCACUGUUAAGGACUAGAAGUGGAGCAGUAAACAAGAAGUAACUGUGGCUGGGGUGCAGCGCAGUGGAUAGCUGUGCUCACGAAUAUGAAUGAGUAUUUCUAGUUAUUCAUAGUUUGCCCCACUCCAGGAAGAAGCCAAGUAUUUUUUAAUUUAUAUACUGUUGCACAGUAACCCACUGAACUUGCCUCUAGAUCAGGUUUCCAGGAAGAAGGUCUAAGGGAAGAGCAUUUACCCUAAGUCCAAGGAUCAGGCAGAAGAGAGAGGCUUUAAAUUAGGGCUACAGGGAGACUGUCUCAAAAAAAAAAAAAAAAAAAUUUAUUCCUAGACAUUGUUUUUGUUAUCAUGCUUAAGAUUUUUUUAAAAGAAAAAUUGCUUCCCAUGAAUUAUGACUGCAGUUAUGUAUCCUGUUAUUAAUGUCAAUAAUGUUUGAUCUCCAAGUGUCAAGCUUUCAAAAAUCUUUAAUGAUGAGUAAUGGGUCUCAGAUGAGAUAAAUUAACUACAUUAUAAUAAAGUUUCCAUAUAAUAUUGAGAUAUACUGUUUCCCUAAAUGAGUUUAUAAGGAUCAUGAUAUGAGAAGAAAAGACUGUAUCACUAAAAAUUUUAUUUUUGAUAUAUAUUCUGGAACUUCUCAUCAAAAUUUGGAGUUUGAAUCAUGCUAAUAAUUUUUUAUUUAUUAUUAUUAUUUAAUCUAUUUAUUUUUAUUUUAGGACUAUUUGGCCUACAUAUGUCUAAGUGUACCAAGUGUGUGCAGUGCCCACGGAGGCCAGAGGGAGUGUUAGAUCCUCUGAAACUGGAGUUACAGACAGUUGUUGGCUGCCAUAUGGAUGCUGGGAACCAGACCUCGGUCCUCUGCAAGAGCAGCUGAUACUCUUAACUGCUAAGCCAUCUCUCCAGCCCCACUAAUUUUAAAUCUAGAUGACAAAAAUGAUUUUUCAGGAAGAUGAAUAAUACUAAAAUUGACUCAAAAAGAGAGAGAAAAUAGAUGUUGAAAAUAGUAUCAGAAUUCAGACGUUGGCUAUAGAAUGUGAUUUUCUGAAAGUUAAAUUCUAGAUCUACUAUUUAUUAGCUGUGAUGUUGAGAAAAUUUCUUAACUUUCUAUGCUCCAGUUUUCUUCACUGUAAAAUUAUAAGAGGUAUUAGGAAAUUCUUAAUUCUGUAAGUUUGUAGCUAUAAGAAUAUAUGGGCUGGAGAGAUGAUUAGGUUAGGAGCACUUGCUGCUUCAGAGGACUUGAGUUUAGUUGCCAGCACCCACUUUGGGUGGCUUACAACUGCCUGUAUUCCCAGAGCCAAGUGCUUCUGUGCCCUCUCCUGGUCUCCAUAGGCACCUCGCACGCACACACACACACACACACACACACACACACACACACACACGCACACGCACAGAAAUAAAAAUAAAUCUUUAUAAAAAAUAAAUAUGCAUUUUGGAAAUAUUUCUUAGUAUUGCCCUUAUAGAAGAUCUAGAGGAGGUUUGAGUAUUGAGUGAUACAUAGUGUCUUUAAUUGUAUAAUAAAAUGCAUGUUUUUGUUUA